GCUUCUUUCAAGAAGCGCGCCCCUCCACCCCUCGCAGGGGAAAACAAAAGAUAGCCCUUCUUUUUCUUCCUCCCGCCGAUCUCCCUCUCCACGAAUCGAAGACCAAAAGAUGGGGAAAAAAUCCAAGGAUUCGAGCCAGAAAUUCUCCGACGCCGUCAAAUCCCUCUUCGCCGCCGACAACCCCUUCCGCCGCAAAGCGAAGCCCGCAUCCCCCGCCGCCCUGCCGCCCAGCAGCUAGGGUUAGGGUGGGAUUCGGCCACCGGCGAAGACGAAAACCCUAGCAAUGGCGGCGCCGACGCCGGAGAUGUGAGGAAGAGAAAGAGGGAGAGGGGCGAAGCUCCAAACCCUAGCUCGGCCUCCGUCUCGAUCUCCAAGAAACGGAAGAAGCUCGAGGACGAUGGCGAGGAGGGUAGCGCGAAGAAGAAGAGGAAGAAGAGGAAGAGGGACGAGAUAGAGGAGGAGUACGAGAAGAGGACGUAUGGCGUGGUCGAGAAGAUGUCGGAGGAGGAGGGAGAGAAGGGCUGGGUGGUUGCCGUCGGGGAGAAGAGGAAAGCAGACGAUGUCUCGUCGGAGAUGGUGAUCUCGAAUGAGUCCUUUGAUGAUGAGAGCAAGCUCAUGAGGACGGUAUUCGUUGGAAACUUGCCGGUGAAGACGAAGAGGAAGACAUUAUUGAAGGAAUUCGAGAGGCUUGGGGAGGUCGAGUCGGUCAGGAUAAGAUCGGUGCCUAUCGUUGAUAGUAAGGUUCCGAGAAAGGCAGCCGUUAUUAAGGGGAAAAUCAAUGACACUGUUGAUAGUGUUCAUGCUUACAUUGUUUUCAAAGACGAGCAAUCAGCACAUGCUGCUCUGUCUCACAAUAUGGCACAGGUGUUUUGAGGAAACCACAUCCGUGUUGAUAUGCAUGCCACCUCGUAAGAAACUGAGAGUAACCCACUUUAUGACAGAAAGAAGACUGUUUUGUGGUAACUGCCUUUUGAUGUGAAGGAUGAAGAACUUUACCAAUUUUUUGGGGUUAGCCCAUCUGAAGCCACUGUUGAAGCUGUACUUGUCAGAGAUCCUCAUACGAGCAUGGGAAAGGGUAUUGCUUACGUCCUGUUUAAGACAAGGGAUGCUGCCAACUCCAUUGUUAAGAAAAGAGACUUGAUGAUUAGGGAUCGUGUUCUGCGGGUCAGCCACAAGUCAUCAGAUGCUACACCAUCAAAGAGGAAGGACCCAGGGACAAAGAUGGAUUUCCCACAAAAAAGUUGUCAGUUUCCGACGAUGAAAAUUUUUGACAAAGUGGCAACCCAAGUCAAGGCAGCUUCUCUCUCCUACCAAGGCCUACGAUCGAGCAAAUCUGGUGUUGUGAAGAAAUCCAGACCAUCCCUACAUACUUCUAGCCAUGGGAAUCAGGAAACUAAGAGCAGGAUGGCAGAUCAGAAUCAUAAAGUUAAGAGGCCUGCUGUUGCUGCCAGGAAGGCAAAGCAACUCUUGAAGAAACGCAAGCAGGAGAGUGGAACUCCAGAAAAUACUCAUCAAAAUAAGAAGGCAAGAAGAUAUUGAGGCAGGUUUUUAGAUCGCUGUAUUGUAACAUGCAGCUUUAGUGCCGCAUUGUCAGAUCCAUUGUUUAAGCCAGCUGCUGAUAACUUGACGAGCGGUAAAAAAUAUUCCCCAGUUCUGAUAUUUAAGCAAAGCAUGAAUCUAGCAGUAAAAAUGUUCCCCAAGUUUCUAUCGAACUGUUCCCACUUCUAAUGUUAAGUGGAAGGAUGUUUUUAACCUCUGUAGUAUUUCUGUUGAUGUUACCAUGAAAUCACGCCCAUUUUAAAAAAAAAGGGUAAAAGGAUGAAUCUCCUUAUUAUAUC